AUGGCUGCGAAGGGGGAGCUACACGUGGAUAUGUUGUCAAAAGAAUUACAAAGUAUUUUGAAAAAAUAUCCAACUCUUUCACUUCAAAAAGGACGCGAAAAGAUUCGAUGUGAACUCAGUGGCCAUGAAAUGCCAUGUAGUCAUGAGACUGUCAACACCUACAUCAAUGGUAAAAAGUUCCAGAAAUUGCUGGCUCAGAAAACCUUUGAAUAUGAGAAGUACAAACAACACAUCAUCCCUAGCACAAAGAAGGGCCGGCAACAUCAGCUGUUUUGUAUGCUGACGUUGAGACACAUGAACAAUUUACCUGACCAUAUACAGAAACAUCUGGAGGGCAGACGAUUCCUAAAAGCCUACAAACGAUGGGAAGAGUGUCAGAGAACAGGGGAGGUGUUCAAGCCCCUCGAAAGCAAGAAAAAACAGGAAGAGCAGGCACUUGAUGAGGAAGAUUCUGAUAAGGAAAGUGACGUGGACAGUCUAAGUGACCUCUACCCAGCUGCUGAUUUUGAGGAUGAUGGAGAAGAGAUGGAAGGAGAUGGCACAAGUGAGGAUGUGGAUAACAACCACAUAAAAAAGAAUGGCAGGGUCGCGACUGACUCUGAAUCUGACUUCGAAUUUGAAGCUCUCGAAGAGGAACCUGAAGAUACAUCAAAAACGUCAGAUCCUGUAGUGAAAACAAACAAAAGAAAACAUAAAAAGGAAAAGACACCAAAAAAACAGAUCAAGAAAAAGAAAUGAUGUACAAGGCAAUGAAACCAAUGCUACGUAUCUUGUAUUAAUACAUUAUCAUCAGAUAUCGUUGAUGUGUCAGUCCUGGUGAUGUCUCGCUCUGCAGCUCACAUUACCGGGAGAAAUAUCAGUCACAACACUUAUCACACUGAAUUACAGGUUCUAUAUGUUGUUGUCGUGCCUAGAAUCUCUAUUUCUACUGCAUACAGAGGCUGUAUCACAAUGGAUCAGGAACCCAAUAGAGGAAGGCAUUUAUACACAUACUUAGUGAUCAGGUGAUUGAUAAAGCUGAUAUUUUAACAUUAAAAUAAAAUCAAUUUUAAAGAGCAAAUUAAAAUAUAUG